AUGGAUGUCACAACGAGCACAGUUGUUAUUGAGGGGGCUACGUUGGACCCCACGGAGAGUUCAACAUACGAAUUCAGUGACUACACCCAGAGGGUCAUCGUAGCCACUAUGAUCCUUGUCAUAGCCUUGCUGGGAAUCUUUGGUAACACGCUUGUGAUACUGGCCGUGCUUCUGUCCAAUAAAGUCCGCACGGCAACCAACGCCUUCGUGGUGAACCUGAGCGUGGCGGACUUUCUGACCUGCCUGGUCAUCCCAUGGAAUGCCGUGGCUUUGCUGGGUCGGGAGGGUCUACCGGUCGGAGUUUGGGUCUGCAGCAUCAUUGCAGUUGUUCAGAACGCCACCAUCGGCUGUAGCAUUUUCUCACUCGUCGCCAUCGCCCUGAACCGACUACUGCUAAUUACACGACCUGCGACAACUUACCACAAAGUUUACACACCCAAGAAGAUCGUCAUUUGGCUGGUUUUGGUAUGGUUAGUCUCGCUGUUCAUAAGUACCUUAAUACCAUCUUUCAUUAAUAUAAGCGGAUUCACCUACAACAAAAAGUACCAUACAUGCGGGUCAACCACUUCUCAAGCCAGCUCACGUACCUACAACACCAUCGUAGGAGGCAUUAUAUACCCCAUUCUGUUGAUCAUCAUCAUCGUCUGUUACGUACUCAUCUGGAGACAUCUCAAACGUCAUUAUAGAAGGAUGGCCACGGUCCACCAAGAAGCCAGGCAACUCACACCAAGUAGCAUCCCAACCACCACCACUGUUACGAUUUCCCCGGCUCACAUGACCAGCGAUGACCGAAUCCAAUCCCCGGCCACCCCGAGCUCUGUGCCGGCCAUCAACUCCCAGGUGACACGCCGGCAGAACGACAUCACCAAGAACAUGUUCUAUGUCGUCUGUGCCUUUAUGCUGUGCAUUACCCCAUACGCUGUCGUGGUCAUGUGCGGUGACAGCCCGGCCCGACCCUACCUCUUCGUGUUGUUUAUUUUCAACAGUUGUGUCAACCCCGUGAUUUAUGCAACCAAGCAUCGGGAUUUUAAGACCAUAUUCGGUUGCAUCUUGCGUCGGAAUUUGGCAGCUGUCCCAGAACCCUCUGAGUUCCUGAAGUUCCUGCAACGAAACAUGUGUUGUGGAACAACGGAGCAUAGGGCAGUAAACAUAAACAGGACAUAA